AUGGUCAAACUUUUCAGGACAAGCAGCAGCCUGGUGAAAGACCUGAGAGGUCGGCUCAGUACAGCUGAGGAGACCAUCCACGCUCUCCAAAAUGAGAUCGAGAAGGAGAGAGCGGAGCGAGCCACUGUGGAAAGGGCUCUGCAUGAGUCCAACAUCACCUCCAAAAACAUCCAGGAGGAGACAGACCAGAGAACUGUUCAUCUAGAGGCAGAACUAGAGAAAAUCAACCAAACUCAACAAAAUGCUUUGGUUGAAAAAGAAAAAGAGAAACAAAUCCAGGAGCACAAACAAAUGACCAAUGUGCUGCAGGAUAAGUUGAGGGUGGAGAGUCAGAGAAGCCAACAACUGCAAAAGGAGGUCUCCAGACUUGAUAAAGAGAAUUGGGAGUUGAAUGUGAAGUGUAUGGAAAUGGAGGAGGGGAUGAGGUCUUCAUCACCGUUAACUGAGGCUAAUAAGAUUACGGUGGAGGACGGUAAAAAAAUAGACGACCUGGAAGAAGUGGUCUCCAGACUUCAAAACGAGGAUGAAAACGAAAGGAUUUGGAGAGUGGUAACAGAAUUCAUGGAAAUGGGACUAGAGGAUUUCGACAACAAACUUCAGGUCCAAAUCCAGAUCAACAAACGUCAGAUUGGAGAGUGUGAAGAGAGCAAAAGGCAGUUGAGGGAAACUGAAGCUAGAAACAAGUGCCUGCAAGAGAAGAUUGCCAGUUUAGAAGAUGAACUGCAUCAGACAGAGAUGAUUCUGAGGCGUAGUGAAGAGAUGGGUCAGCGGGCGCUUGAAGAGGAGAGAGAGAGAAGCGCAGAAAUGGAAAAGGCUCUGAGAGAAAAGGACAACAUCAUACGCCACCUGCAGGACGUGAUUGAAAAAGAGCAGAUCACAAAACCUGCCAUGGUGGAAGAUUUCCAGUCUAUGAAAGAGGCAAUAGUGACUCUAGAACAGAGCACGGAGGAGCAGAGGAGCCAGUUUCAAUGUGAGCUGGACCUGAAAGAAGAGAAAAACAGAAAACUGGAGAAAGAACUGUCUGCAGCAAAGAAUAUAUUAGCAGAACAAAGCACAACGCACCAGGAAGAGGUCGAACAUGUGAGAGACGACUUCAAAAGGUCUGUGCAAAAGGCUAGAAUGAGGUCUGAAAAAGAUGUAGAGGACAUAAGUAGUCAAAUGAACAAGAAACGUGCUCGACUGGAGAUGGAACUGUCCAAGAACCAGAAAGAACUCCAUACCCCGAAGAAGGUUAUGGAGGAGGUUAUCUGUGAGGAGAAAGAGUCAAACAGCUCCACAGAGAUCCUCACUGAGAUCAAGGACAGAGAGCCAGAACCUAAGAAGCAGAAAAGGGAGGUCCACAGACAGCAGGCUACUAACCAGCCUCCUGAAAAAAAGACCGAAAGGCUGGAGAACGUCCUCACUAGCCACAGACCUCCAAGGAGCAGAAGAAAGAGACAAUGGAGAAGGUCAAACCCUACCUUCUAA